GGAGGUGGCAGCUUGGAAUGCAAUCAAAGCAUCUUUUCCAAAAGGAUCUAGAGAGUCUUGUUGACCACUCGUGAGAUUAAUGUUGCUAGCAUUUCAGAUGUUUCUCCGUAUGAACUGAAACUUUGGAAUUCUGAAGAGAACUGGAAUUUAUUCUGCAAGAAAGCUUUCCCCACACCAAGAUGCCCACCUGAGUUGGAGCAAUUCCAGGAAGAUAUAAUAAAACAAACUCUAAGAGCUGCCUCUGGCAAUUGUGGUACUUGGAGGUCUUUUGAGAGGUAAAAGGCGAGUCAAUGAUUGGAGGAAAAAGCUAGAACGUAUUUCUUAUGAAUUUACAGAAGGAGAAGAUCUAUCAGAUACAAAGAAUAUUAGCUCUCAGUUACCAUGAUCUACCACAUCACUUGAAGCCUUGGUUCCUCUAGUUUUGCUGCGUUCCCUGAGGCUGUAGCAUUCAUGCGAAGCAACUAACACAUUUAUGGAUUGCUGAGGGUUUCGUAGAACAAAAAAUGGAUCGAAUGAGGCACAAUUAGAAGAUCAAUUGACAGGUCUAUUGUGCAAAUGGAAAGAAGGGGUACCUUUGAGCAAGUGAUAACUGUUCGAUCGAAUUCUUGAUCUUCUUCUCGAUCUAGCAGGUUCUGAAGCUAGCGAGCUCAAUUUUAUAGGUCCAUCAACAACAUAGCGGACGAUCCAAAAGCUUUAGGUAUAUUGCAUUGAAUUGCUCGACCACUAAACUAAGAUCUCUUGGUUGUUUAUUGCCUUUUAGAAAACCUGAUGUGGCGACGUAGGAGAAGAUACAAUUGGAUUUGAGUGUGAAUAUAUUGAAGAUUUAUCGUUGACUUUUUACAAUUUGAUCUUAUCAAAUUGGACAUCCGUCGUAAGAUACGUACUGGUUUGGUCCAUCGACUUGCAGAGAAGCAGAGAUGGCGUCUACGGUGGUGAACUUGGUGCUGGGGAAGCUGGGCGAGGUUGUUUCCAGCGACGUCGCCGGCAUCCUCAACGUGGACGCAGAGGUCAAGUCGCUGACGGAAACACUGGCACUGAUUCAAUCCUCUCUCAGGGAUGCCGACCAGAAACCCAGAUACGAGCAAAGCCACUCUUUGCAGGAGUGGAUGAGGCAGAUCCGGAACUUGGCGUUCGAGAUGGAGGACCUGGUGGACGAAUACGCGAUGCAGCUAGGCCGCGCGUCAGCCGCCGACGGCCGGAUGAGCAGUCUCCAACGCAUCGGCGCCUUCCCCUCCCGGAUCCUCACUCGCCGUCUGUUCGCGAGCCGCCUGCAGGACAUCCGCGCCAGAUUUCAAGAUGUCUGCAAACAAGCGUCGCAACUUGGCAUCCAUGGCUCAUCCUCCUCCUCCUCCUCCUCCUCCUCAGCUUUCUCUGCUGCUGACGCAAGGCUUGCUCGAAGAUUUGAACUAGAAGAAGACAUUGUCGGUUUUGAUGAAGAUAUGAAAGGCAUCAAAAGGCAACUGUUUGACAUUGGUUCAACAGAUCGCGUUGUCCUUUCGAUUGUUGGUCCUGGUGGCUUGGGUAAAACAACGCUGGCUAAUAAGAUCUACAAGAGUGCAGAUGUCAAAAAGUAUUUCCAGUGCAAGGCAUGGGUGCCCGUGUCACAGAAGUAUGUAGUUAAAGAACUCUUGCUCCGCAUUAUGAAGCAAGUGUUCGACUUCAAGGAUGAGCAAGUAAAAGGUAUGGAAGAACUAGAGAUGAAGGAAAAGUUGUCGGAGCACUUGAGCGAUAGAAGGUAUCUAAUCGUGAUGGAUGAUAUAUGGGAGGUGGCAGCUUGGAACGCCAUUAAAGCAGCUUUCCCAAAAGAAUCGACAGGAUCCAGAGUGCUACUGACCACACGCAAGAUGAAUGUUGCGAAUGUUGCAGAUGUUCCUCCACACGAGCUGAAAUUUUGGAAUGUCGAAGAGAGCUGGAAUUUGUUCUGCCGGAAAGCUUUCCGCACAUCAUGCUGCCCACCGGAGUUUGAACGAUUCAAGGAAGAUAUCUUCAAAAAAACUAAAGGGCUGCCUCUUGCCAUUGUGGUACUUGGAGGACUUUUGAGAGGUACAAGUCAAGCUAGUGACUGGAGGAAAAAACUGGAACAUAUUUCUUAUGAAUUCAGAGAAGGAGAAGACCAAAUCCUAAGAAUAUUAGCUCUCAGUUACCAUGAUCUUCCGCAUCAUUUGAAGCCUUGCUUCCUCUAUUUUGCAGCGUUUCCCGAGGACUAUAGCAUAAGGGCAGAGAGGAUAAGACAUUUAUGGAUCGCUGAGGGUUUCAUACAAACGAAUGACAAAGUGGAUCAAACAAUGGAGGACCUCGCGGAGGCAUACUUGAAUGAUUUGACCGACAGGUCCAUGUUACAAAUGGAAAGAAGGGGUCAUAUUUAUAAACAGAAAGUUAGCAUUCAUGAUCUUCUUCUUGAUCUAGCACGUCAUGAAGCUCGUGAGCUUAACUUCUUCAGGUCCAUUGAUGACAUAGGUGACGAUCCAAGAGCUUUACGGCGUCUCAGUGUCAACGACCAUAUCUCAUUGAACUGUUCUACCACUAAACUACGGUCACUUGUAAUUUAUCCGAAUGAAGGUUUUCAGAGAACGCUGGCAGUCACCAUCCCUGGAGCGAAGUUCCUCAGGGUCUUGGAUUUGCAGGAACUACCCAUUGAACACUUACCAAAGGAGAUUGGGGACUUGAUCCUGUUAAAGUAUCUAAAUUUGUACCAAUCGAAACUGAAGGAGCUGCCUUCAUCCAUUGGAAACCUCAUCCACUUGCAGACUUUCAAUAUACAGUUUACUGAGAUUCAACAUUUGCCGGAUGCAUUUUGGAAAAUCCGAACACUGAGACAUGUAUUACUCAAUGAAGAGAAUACGAGCAUGCCUAAAGCGACAUACUGCUUGGAAGACAUUCAGACACUUGUGAAUAUUUCAAUUGGUCCAUGGGUAAGCGAUGGUGUACUGGAGAAGCUGAGAAAUCUUCGAAGAUUGCAUUUGAAUAACAUGUCAAUCUCUGAUGAGGAUGCUUUAGCCACUGCAGUCCAGAACCUUUCCCGGCUCGAGAUGUUGGCAUUGAUUGGAGAAUCCUUGCCGAUGAGUGUCCUAACUUCAUCUUGCUACCAUCAUAUUCAGAUUCUGUUAUUGUGGGGACCAUUGGUAAGGCCAGCAAGAAUUCACAUAGAGGCUGAAAAACCCAGGAUAUUUUCCAACCUGAUCUCUCUCUUUAUUUGUGAAACAAGGUUGGAAAAGGAUGAAGAUAUUGUGAUGCUCGCAUCUCUCGCAAACCUUCAGAAUCUUGAAUUGGGUAUUGAUGCAUUUUUAGGAAGAGUUUUGGUGUUUCCAAAGGGAGGUUUUCCUCGUCUCCAAGAGAUCGUACUGUAUAAAUUGAGCACCUUGGAGCAGUGGGAAGUGGGAGAAGGAGCAAUGACUCUCCUUCGGGAUCUAAGACUUUGGAACUGCAGAAAUUUGAGAAUGCUACCAGAGGGACUUGUAAGAUUGACUGAGCUCAAACAAAUUGAAAUAAGUGGAAUGGAAAUGAUAGAGAGAAGGGUCGACAAGGAUACUGGAGAAGAUUAUCACAAGAUCAAGCAUGUUCCUUGCAUUGAAAUAGAUUGAAUGAAGGACGAUGACAAUAUCUGACGACACGCAAAAAUUAAUCAGGACGAACAAGUAGAAGCUGAAUGUCCUUUGUAGCAGACAGAAGUCUACAGCACACAGAGAGUUAGAUGAUAACUCUCUCUGUGCUGCCAUUGGCGUACAUUUUUAUACUAUGCAUUAUAUGUUAAAUUGUCA